GUAGGAUAGUUUCUGCAGAGUUCAUUAGAAAUUCAACUCAGAGUUGUGGAUGUGAAACCUUGUUUCUACUGUUCCGCUAGCUUACAGACCCUCUCAACCCCAAACUAACAUUUUUCCUGCAACAAAAAAUCACAAGUAAAAUCAGAGCAAUCCAUUUUUUAUUUAAAGUUCCCAGUUUUGAGCCAGUUCAAACAUAAUCAAAAGUUUUGAUUCCAGCUCGGACGCUUCUAGAUCUAUUUGGAUGGAUCGGAAUGAAGCAGAGCAGGAGGCUAUGGUCCACAAAUUGUAGAUUUUACAUAACAAUUACAAGAUUUAAAAAAAACAAAACAUUUUUGUUCACAACAAUUUGAAUAAAUACAUACUUCUUACUUCCUUAUAGAUGUCCUCUAUCGUCAGAAAAAUGCUAGAAGAAUAUUUUAAAAACACUUUUUAUUAAAGUGGGUGUUUGAAUAAUCCAGCAGAUUAAAAAAUGUUUAGUGGGAUGAUUAAAGAAACGGUAAAAUAAAAGUGGUCACUGAUCCAAGUGGUUAAUCUGUAGAUUACAGCAAGGUAAUCUGGGUUAAUUAGUCUAUUAUGACCUGAUUUUCAUAGAAAGGCAUUAGUAACACUCAAAAGUCACACAUGAUAAUUCUGGAGUCAUAAAGAAAAUAAUGAUUUAGUAGUUUGAUUUUAGAUGAAUAUAGACAAAUAAUUAAAGUUCUUAAGAUAGGAAACCUGGUGUUAAUAAGUAAAAUUAGCUGUGAAAUAUUAAAAUAAUGCAGAAUCGGUGAAAUAUCUUUUAAAAUUUUUUUAUUAUUGCAUUAAAAUGUACAGUUUGAUUUCAAAUCUGUAUGUGUAGACUUGUUUUACACAGUGAGAGGAGCCUCAUAGCUUUACCCCCCAUCAACAUCUCCUGUAGACAGGCCCUGUAAUUCCAGCUAAUGCGGAUAACGCUCAGGACACAGUGCGCAUGGCGAGCAGCCGCGCCAGGAUUUGGAGGCAGUCCCGUGUCUCUCGCCGGCAGGAGAGAGGGCACGACCCGUCAGAUUAUACGGUCAGAUUUAGUGAUCAUCUGUGAAUAUAACAAGUAUUUGGAGCGCUUUGUUGGAAUGUGCACGGUGAGGGGACGUGCGGUCUGGAGCGGAGGCGAUGGUUUGUCACAGAUUUGGAACAGGAAGAUGACACUUGUCUUGGAUUAGGUGGUGAGGAGAUGAUGAGUGGAUUUCAGCUGCCAGUCACCACAUGGAGCAGUUUCUGAGGUCCAGGCUCUGAAAUGGACUCCAAUGGAAGUUCUCUCAAUCGCAGCCAGUCGCUGGCGAGUGGUCUGGAGAAGACUUCAGUGACGUGGAACAAGCCGGCCCUCUCUCAGAGCAGCAGCACUCUGUCGUCUCGCCAUUCCAGACAGGUGAUCAAAGACUGGGAAGUGAUCGACGACCUCCAGGUAGAAAUGCAUGCAAGUGAAUGUCCUCGGGAUAUGACCCCUCCUGGAAUCUGUGAAGGAUAUCUCUUAAAGAGGAGAAAAUGGCCUCUGAAAGGGUGGCACAAGCGAUACUUUGUCUUGGAUGGGGGGACCUUACGCUACUCCAAAAAUCAACAAGAUGUUUCUAAAGGACGUAUCCAGGGUUCCCUGGAUGUCAGUCUGGCAGUCAUGACGGUCAACAAGAAAGCCAACCGGAUCGACCUGGACACAGGCGACAUUCUCUAUCAUAUGAAGGCAAAAAGUCCAGAUCUCUUUUACAUCUGGGUGACAAAGCUCCAAGCCCACCGCUUCUUCAAGAAGAACGAGACAGCUCAUGCUCACAGCGGCCUCAUUCAGAUAUUAUCCAGCCGGGGUGGGGUGGGACAAGCCCAGAGAAAUGGAGAUCUGGGCGCCACAGAACUGGCGGAUUCAGCUGGAGCGUCCCGAGCGCUGCCCUCAGCCAACACGGCGGUGAACACAAAGGUGUCCGCCUGGCUGCAGCAGAGCCAUCACCCAGACUCAUGUGCUCAAGAGUUGAACCGUUGUAAUUUGGAUCUCUCGGAGCUAAACCGCCUAAUCCAGAGGCUCCAGAAUCUGGAGGUGGGCCAGACUUUUACUAACGGAGAACUGCAGCGCAUCAUCAGCAUACAGAACAUCUCACUUGAGAAGCCAAAGAAAUCAAAGUCAGGAAAGAUGUGGGGCCACUCACGCACACUGUCCAGAGUGGAAGCCCUGGGAAUGCUGUCCUCCAGCCACCUGAGUGGCUCCUCCCACCUCGGAGCGUCGGUGCCCAACAUCCCGGACUACGUAUCCUCUCAGCUGUCUGCUCCCUCUGCCCUCUCGCCUGAGGGCAAGAAAAUCCAGCAGGACAUCUGUGCCAUCUCUAACAGAGUGCUGGCUUCUCUGAAGUCAGUUCAUGAAACGUUGUCCCUGGAAAGACAGAAGCUCCAGGAAGCCUGGGAGACCAGCAAUGAGCCCCGGUCAAAUACCCUAGCUGUGCCUGCACCGUCCCACGGGCCACCCUCUGUGGCCGAUUCUGCUGCGGAGUACUUUGACGCCAGUGAUGACAUCGUUUGGGGGAGUUCCUCUGAGGUUUCUGAUGAAUCUGGACUCAGCGAUGGAAGCACCACCAACUCUGAACCGGAGGAGGGACACACAUCAGCAACCAGGAAGUACAGAGCAAGCAUUUCCAGAGCUCCCAAUAGUCUUGCUCCCAAGAGCACAGGACGCCGGACAACCCUGCCCGCGCACUGUCCUGACAACAGCCACGUGGGCCUCAUGGCCAUCCUCUACAACAACAUAGGUAAAGAUCUGGCUCGAGUGUCCAUGCCGGCGGCCCUCAACGAGCCGGUUAACCUUCUGCAGAGGCUGUGUGAAGAGCUGGAGUACAGCGAGCUGCUGGAUACGGCCUGCAACACUCCAGACCCCUUCCACAGGAUGGUUUACAUUGCUGCAUUUGCUAUUUCUGGUUACUCCACUGCAACCUUUAGAAACCGCUACAAGCCCUUCAACCCGGUGUUGGGGGAGACCUACGAAUGUAUCCGAGAAGACCGAGGCUUUCAGUUCAUCAGUGAGCAGGUCUGCCACCACCCUCCCAUCUCAGCCUGUCACGCACAAUCAGAGAACUUCACCUUCUGGCAAGAUCAAAGAUGGAAAAACAAAUUCUGGGGGAAAUCACUGGAGAUUUUGCCAACUGGAAAGGUUAAUGUGACUUUGCCAAAGUAUGGGGAUCACUAUGAGUGGAACAAGGUCGUGACCUGCAUCCACAAUGUGCUGAGUCAGCAGCGGUAUCUGGAGCACUACGGAGAGGUCACCAUCCAAAACCUCAAAAACAACAUCUGCUCCUGCAAGAUCACAUUUGUCAAGUCUCGCUACUGGGGUUCGGACACCAACAAGAACGAGGUGCAGGGGACGGUGCUCGACCAAAGCGGUAAUGUCAUUCACCGGUUUGGAGGACUUUGGCAUGAAGGAAUCUUCUGUGACACUCUUCCAACUCCAAAAUGUGUUUGGAAGCCGAAUCCACAGCCUAAGGAUUACCUGCUGUAUUAUGGCUUCUCCACUUUUGCCAUGGAGCUGAACGAACUCACCCCAGACCUGAAGCCUCUCCUGCCUCCCACUGACUCCCGCCUGCGCCCAGAUCAAAGAAUGCUGGAGGAGGGAAAAGUGGCCGAAGCUGACAAGACGAAAGAUGACAUCGAGGAAAAGCAGCGGGAACGGAGGAAGGAGCUCUCCAAACGAGGGGAAGAGCAUGUCCCUCGUUUUUUCAAGAAAGCCAAAGACUCCUCUGGACAGGACGUGUGGCUGACGAACGGCAUGUAUUGGGAGCUCAGAGAGAAUCCCGGUUUUGCAAACCUGGAUAAUGUGACUCUGUGGUGAAGAAACUCUGGCAGAAGCUCAUCAAAGAGGGAUAAAAAAAAGUGAAAACGAGUCAGAGGCUGAAACUUGAGACAGCAUGCAUGAUCCGCUCCAUCACAGAGGGGAGACAGUGCUUCUCAUCUCGUCUGCAGACCCAUGACUGGCUCAUGGGGAACCACUGUCAUAACAUAUCGGGAUGGGGAAGAAAUGUAGGACGAGUUUCAACUUUUCUAAUCAAUCUUAAGCUUAAGUCAGAUAGUAUGUGGAAAAUGCAUGUAAAAUGAAAAGAAGAAAAAUCUGUUGUUUCAUGCAAAAUGUUGAAACAUUAUUUAGAUAUAAGCCACAACUUAUUCUAGCUUCACUUAAGUUGAACUUUGGUUUGAAAUAUGGAAAUUGAUCAACAUUUGCACAUUCACAAAGAGAAAUUUAAUUUUUAAAAUCACUUUUUUUAUUUUAUUUGCGUCUUCCACCAAUUAUGCUUCAAAUAUGAGAUUGUAUUGCUUUUUCUUUAGAUAUAUUAUGAUACCAUCCUAUUUUCUUUGUGAAUUUCAGAGGUCACUCUGAAACAGAUAAAGCUGUAUUUCUGUCAGGUUUGCAUAGAGGGACAUUAUUGCUUUAUGUAUAAAUCUUGAGAUGUAUUAAAUCCGUUUUGUUUACAGGAAACUCACUGCAGCCCAUGAGAAUGAAGGUCACCUGAAUGUGUUUUUUUUGGAGCCAUUUAGCUAAAAAUGACGCUCUGUAACACCUGGAUUUAUUAAAGAUGACACCACCCAACCAGACUGAUGCAUCAUUGAGAUCAUGUGGACACUGGACUCACAAUCUGUUUUUUCUGCUUUAGAUUAGCCAGACAAUAAGUCAACACAUUUGACUUAUUAUUAUCAGUAAAUAAAUAUUACUGAAUAAAUGAGAAGUUACACCUAAUUGGUCAACCUAAUGACACAUCAGUUAUUUAUCUUUGAUUGUGACUUCACCAUUAAAUCUAAAUGCUAAUGAUGUUUUAAGAUUUUAACCCAGCUUUAGCUCAAAGUCAACAUCAUGAACCAUAGAUGCUAAAAGAUGUAAAAAGUAAAAGUUACUUUUCAGAAUUCAGCAACGGGACAUACUGCAGCUACAAAAUAUCUUAACUUUUCUGGAUUUUGAGUUUUGUCACAUUGGGAUACAAAUCAGAUUAUUAAACACAAAAUUUAAAAGCUUCAGGUUUGAUCAUUCACAUUCUCAACGGAUGUAUUUCUUCUUAAUUUGAUGUGAUAAUGUACAAUGCAGUAUACACCUUUCAGGAAAAGUGCACAUUUGAUGUAUUUCAUCAUUAGAAUGCUGCUGUUUGCAAAGAUGUUCAUACUGUGUUUGUUUAUUUAUACAGUAUAUUAAAAGGCUAAUACACCGUUUUUAUUGUUACCAACUUAUCUUCUUUCUAUCUUUCUUCUAACUUAUUUUUUCAAACUUUUUUUUUUUAUCUAUUUUAAAAUGUAUUUAGAACUGAUAAAAUACAAAAUAAACAUUGUAAAUAAAUGUAUAACAAUGAAAGACAAUAUACAAAGGAUGAACUACUUAUCAAGUUCAAUCCCUUUUUUUAAAUGAAUUCCAAAUUUAAAUUUCUACCAAUAAUGUAUUUUCAUACAAA